CAGUCAGCAUACAUUGCAAUGGCGGCUCUCAGUGCGCAAUUUGCCCGGUGUGCGUCUUUAGCGAAAUGUUUAUUGCCACCUACUACAUACAGCAAUAUUCACGCCGCAAAACUGAGCUCGUUUGCUCACGCAGGACCUAAAUGGAAGUACGGAAAACUGCGUUUUCUGGCCGUGGCAGGAAUUGCCUGCGGCGCUGUCGGUCACGCUUAUAUGCGAAGCGUGGAACCAAGAAAGGAUCCGAUCGGCGAUAUGUUGUCGCCCCUGAACAUAAAAAAUAUAAGCAAUCCUGGGACGAAAAUUUCACGUGUCGUAAACGGGCCGACCGAAAAAACUGGUCUCAAGAUAACAAUGUACCAGUACCAAACGUGCCCAUUUUGCUGCAAAGUCCGGGCCUUCUUAGAUUUCUAUGGCAUCCCCUACAAUGUCAUCGAAGUGGACCCCGUGCUCCGUCAGCAGCUCAAGUUUUCCGACUACAAGAAAGUGCCGAUCUUGCUCGUAGAAGAAGCUGGGAACUGCUGGCAAAUUAACGACUCCACAGUUAUCAUCAGUAUGCUGCAGAGCUACCUCCGUGACGUAAAGAGUGGCUUCAGAAAAUACCUUUGUCUGUACGACCCAGUCAAAGUUCAGGAUGCCUCGGGAAAAGAGUCGCUCGAAGUGUUCAACAAGUACUUUCUGAUGAUGGACAAUGGUCCUGCAGAAGGAAAAGCUUUCAACGACAUUAAGGAGGAGGUGACGUGGCGCAUGUGGGCAGAUGACGUGCUGGUUCACGUACUUUCUCCAAAUGUGUACCGCACAUGGCCAGAGGCUUUGCAGGCCUUCAACUACUUCUCGAAAGUUGGCGAAUGGGAGAAGAACUUCCCAACGUGGGAGCGCCUUCUGGUUGUUUAUGUAGGUGCCACAGCAAUGUACUUUGUGGCCAAGAGGCUCAAGAAAAGACAUAACCUGAAAGACGACGUCAGGGAAAGCUUUCGGGAUGCUUGUCGUGAAUGGACAAAGGCAGUAGGCACGGAGCAGAAAUUCCAUGGGGGCAACCUUCCAAACCUUGCUGACCUGGCUGUUUAUGGUGUGCUGAGUUCUGUGGAAGGCUGCACAGCAUUUGAAGACAUGCUAGCAGACACCAAAAUUGGUCCUUGGUACUACAGGAUGAAAGAAGCCACAUCAAGCCAUGCUGGGACUCGUGCUUUGAGCACUACGAUGCGCUAGUUUAGUAGAGUUAUUCUUGAAGUAUGUUUUCUUCGCUGCAUCUCAUUUGCUUUGACAUUUUACUGUUGCCUUAAAAAGUGGCAUUAUCUGUUAUUAAAUAGGUUAACUACUAUG